CACCAACAAUAGAGUUCGAUAAUGAGGGACCUUAAAAAUCAGUGAAGCGCUUAAUCCAUCUUGGGACGGGCGCAUGACAAUUUUGGGACUCGAUCAGUUUGAACUUUUGGACUUUUCGAUCAGAGUGCUCUGAUCGUCUUCUGGAGAAAAACAAAAAUGAGUACGCGACUGUUGCUCAUUUUGGGCCACGCUUUGACAUUUGUUGUGUGUCUGACAUCAGCCUACGAUCUGACCAUUCUACACACUAACGAUGUCCACGCUCACUUCGACCAGUUCGAUAAGUACAGCACUCGGUGCGACGAUGAUGAGUCAGCGAACGGGCAGUGCUUCGGCGGGGUGGCCAGGACGGUCACCAAGGUCCGGCAAAUACGUUCCGAGGUGGACAACGUGGUGCUGCUGGAUGCCGGUGAUCAGUACCAGGGAAGCACGUGGUUCAGCUUUUACAAGGGGCAAGCGACCUCACAUUUCAUGAAUAUAAUCGGAUACGACGCUAUGACACUGGGAAACCACGAGUUCGACAACGGACCCGAUGGGCUGACACAGUUUCUGAACGACCUAGACGCCCAGGUGGUUUGCGCCAACCUGGACGCCAGCAACGAACCGGCAAUAGACGGACUGUUCACCAAGAGCACGGUGCUGGCGGUCGGCGGGGAAAAGAUUGGAAUCGUCGGGUACACGGCUUCAAAUAUGCUUGAGAUUUCUAAUACCGUUGGAAACCUGGUGUUCAUGGAUGAGGUAUCAUCCAUCCAAGCAGAGGUUGACCGACUCAUAGCGGUAGAGGGCGUCAACAAGAUAAUCGCUUUGGGACACUCUGGCUACGAUGCGGACCAGAAGAUCGCCCGGGAAGUUCGUGGCCUGGAUGUCGUGGUCGGAGGUCAUUCAAACACAUUCCUGUACACCGGUGAACCACCUGAGACCACAAGCCCGAUAAAGGGACCCUACCCGACCGUCGUGCACCCAGACGCCGAUCCAACCACCAGUGUACUUGUUGUGCAGGAUUACAAGUUUGGGAUGUAUCUCGGGCGCCUGGACGUGAUGUUUGAUGAUGACGGCAAGGUCACCGGCUGGGGAGGCAAUCCGUUACUUAUGGACAAAGACGUCGCAGAAGAUGCUGCUGUUUUGGAGGAUAGGAAUGUCUUGUCUGAAGCUUUCCGAGACCAAUCCCGUCGUCACAUAGCGUCCACCAAUGUCCUCCUGGAAGAAGAGUCUUGCCGACGGGAGGAAUGCAGUAUGGGCAACCUCGUAGCCGAUGCUUACCUCAGACAGGGUGUCCAGCCAACGGUGAAUGGAGUUCGGGUACACGACGCCCACCUAUCAAUGGUUAAUGCUGGGGAAAUUAGGGGCACACUCAAUGUAGGUAAUAUAACUGCUGGUGACAUAAAUAGAGUACUAUCCCUGCCUGGAACUGUUGAUCAGGUCACUUUGAAAGGUGUACACAUUAUAGACGCUUUGGAGCAUCCAACCGAAUUGUACAGAGAAGGACACGGGACGGGAGCCUUGUUGCAAGUUGCAGGCAUGUUGGUGACCUACGACCUAUCAAGGAGACGCGGUAACCGAGUGGUCUCAGCUGAGGUGCGGUGUACGGAGUGCGCAGUACCCGAGUUCCAACCCUUGGACAUCGACAAAGAGUACAGAAUCAUACUGAACUCGUUCUUGGCCAGCGGGAAUGGAUACACAAUGAUUAGGGAUAACAUCAUUACGCAUGAAGUUGGUAAGCCUAAGAUUGAGGUUGUGACUGAUUACAUGCAAAGGAUGUCACCGCUGACUAAUGGUCCGGAGAGACGAAUCACCUUCAUCGAGCCUCUUGACGUGGUAGAUUUGACAAUCCAGUGUUUUAAAUUAAUGAAGGAUGUUUUAAUAAGUUAAUAUUAUUAUUAUUAUUCAUGGUUUAUUUAUUAAAACACUGCAAUACAGCGGCUAAAAAGCCGAAAUGCACAGUUUACAAAAAAGUCAUUGAAAAACAUUACUAUUAAAAAUAUUAAUGUAUAAACUUAAAAAGAGCACAAAUACAAUUUGAUAAGAUUAGAAAACCAACCAUCGCUCACUUAGAAAAACCAAUAUAAUUGUCAUUAAAGUUACAGCAAUGAUUACUUAUGAGACUAGGAGUCGCUACAUGGCAAAAAAAUAAAGAAAUGGCAAAUCACAGUUGGCAAGAACACAUUUGGUAAUAACAAUUAAAAAAAAAAAAAAAAAGGGCAAUUUACAAUUAAACCAUCCAUUACUAUAAAAAAAGAAGAUAGAUAUUUUUAAGCUGAGGGGAUUUGGCAUAAGUUCACAAAAUGCGGGCAAGAGCAGGAAUAGUGGAUCGUUUGUACCUUUCAGUACGAGACUUGGGAAUGUGAAGCCCGGUUACUGUGCUGGCUCGAAGUACCCUAUCACGUGUAGUAGUUUUUUCCGGGGGGAGCAUGUUCCUAAACUUAGAGGAUCCAAGUAAGUUCUUACCAAACUUUAUAAAAAGGUCUUCUCUUCUAGACUUGAGUGAUGAGAUGCCCAGUAAUUCAAGUGCCAUGGUAUAGGAUUGAUAUUGAAGGCCAAGAAUAAUGCGGGCGGCACGUUUCUGAACAUUUUCAACAGCAAUAACCUGGCGCUCAGUAAUAGAGCUGUGCCAAACUUGACUAGCGUAUUCCAGAACAGGUCUAAUAUAACAAGUAUAAACUGCCACCAUGUCUGUAGUAGGUACUUUGGAUUUACUUAGUACGCACAAAGUGUACAACCUACGGGAUGCCUUAGAAACAACUUCCGCAAUGUGUAUGUCCCAUUUUAAGUUGUUUUGAACAGUCACACCAAGCAAUUUAAUUGAAGUUUCACACCUGAGAUUUAUCGAAUUGAGAGAAACCGAAGUUUGAGGUAAAUCGCGCUUCAAAAAGAUAAAAGAGUGGCGAUGAUGUCUUCACCGUCUAUAUUUUAAA